GCGAUACUUUGCGUAAUUCGGAUCUGGGUACCAGCGAAAAGUGCGGUGCGUUUGGUGCAUGUCGCGAAAUGAUGGCUGCGGUCAUCACAACACUUUUAGUUUUCUCCUGCAGUUUAACAACAUCUUUGAGUAGUGACAGAAAACCAGGAGAUUCGGACGAAAUCAUCUAUUUACCAGGUGCUUGGCCACAACCGAAUUUCAAGCAGUACUCUGGAUAUCUUCAUGGAUCUACUGAUAAAGUCAACAUUCAUUACUGGCUUGUUGAAGCUGCUUCGUCACCGAAAUCCGCUCCGCUGAUUUUAUGGCUAAAUGGUGGACCUGGAUGUUCUUCUCUAGGAGGUUUACUUAAUGAAAACGGUCCCUACUUAAAAGGACCUCGUCUUGUGGAAAAUCCGUACUCCUGGAAUAAAGCUAUUGCGGUUGGUAAUGGAUUAACAAAUUAUAAAUUCAAUGUUAAUUCCCUACUGUAUUUUAUAAAUUAUCAUGGUUUAAUUGAUAAAACUUCAUGGAAUGAAUUAAUUGAUAAAUGUUGCAUUGAUAAAUGUUCCACUGUAUGUAUGUUCACUGAUAAUAAAUCACCUGAAUGUCAACAAAUGAUAAGUCAACUAUCUGAAGCUUCAUUAAAAGGAUUAAAUCAUUAUAAUUUAUAUUCGGAAUGUGUUGGUGGUGUUCAAAUGACCUCAUUCAAUAAUCGUCAUUCAUUGAUAUCGAUUCCUGAAAUGUCUUCCAUGUUAGCUACAUCCAAACAAUAUGUUCAUCAUGAUUUUGGUAAUCUAUUUCGUGAUAAUAUCUAUCAUAAAUAUCGUCGAUAUGCUAAGUAA